ACACUAAAUCAGGAAACAACACUUUAAAAAUCCAGAAGAAGAAGCAAGGCGAAAAUUUGAAUUGUUCUCAUAUUGAAGGAUUUUUCGGAUUUUUAAACCUUUCAAAAAGUAUUUUCGAUUUUUUGACACGAAAACGUUUUUUCAAAAAUUAAAAACUACAGAUUCUUAGUCAGUUCGAUGCGCUCUAUCGAACCAUAUAUAAAUAACAUCGUGUAUGAAUUUUGAAUUACGCGCACCUCACCUAAUAACGUGUUAUUCUUCUUUUUAAAAAUAAAAAAGUCAACGUUUUCUUAUAUUUUUCACGAUGACUUGCAUAAUAUUUUUCUAUGUUUUAAUAGGUUUUUUACUAUGUUUAAAAUAUGAUAAAUGUCAUACGAUCAGACAAAGCCGGAUACAGAAGGCAAAGUCAUUGUUAGACGGGCAAGUCAUCCAGAACACAAAAUACUUAAGAUGAUGUGUAAAUUCUUUAACUAAAAGCUAGAAUCCUUUUCAUGCACUAGUCCGAUUUUCAUUCGUGACCGCUGUACAAUAACAGAAGCACAGAAGUUAGCAUCGUGUAGUGAUUGGACUGUGUGUACAUAAAAAAUUGAUCUUGAAUCUGGAAAUAGUCUAUAGAAAUCCCCUUACAAAAAUCUGUUUUGAAAAUGAGAUAUCAGAUCUUAAUCGAAUUUUCAGCUAGUGUUAGCCUAUAUACACAGUAAUCAUUUUAGCUCGAAAUCGUUAGCUUUCUCACAGUUAUUUCAAAUACAAGGCUCAAAAAGUAGGUUUCUGCGUUUAUAAAGUUUUUGCUCUAUCUUUAGUUCCACAAUGUUCGGAUAAGAAAACAGGCAUUAUUUCUAUUUUUAGAAAUCUGGAACCAAAUUCAAUUAUUGCAACACCAAGUCGUAUGACGGCAUCAUUAUCAACGACAACAGCGGCAGUAACGCCGUCAACAACACCAGAAUUACAACCGUUUCGAAAGUUACUACCAUUCAUUAGUGAGAACAACCACAACAACCAUCGUUAUCCAUUAUCCACUCAGAAACCAUCAGGUCAAGCGGUGACAUAUCCUACUCUAUCAUUAAUGACAAAAGUAGGAACUACUGGUAAACAACUGAUUGAACAACAACAUGUUAAAAUGAAAAUGAAACAAGUAUUGCGUUGGGCACUGCUAUUACUAAUGCUGAUUAUGUUUGGUGGCGCACUAAUAAGUCGAGAAACAACAUCAAACGAUAGUAACUAUGGUUAUAUUGAUAUUGAAUUAUUGUUAUUUGGUAUAGAUAUUAACCUUGUCUUCGAACAUGGUGAUCACUUUAUUCCUGGUUUAUUAGACGAUAAUAAAAUUAAAUUAUUGAAUCAUUGGAACUGGUUCUGGCUGUAUACGGUUCCAUAA